AUGCAACUUCUAGCAUUAGCUUUGGCUGUAUUUGCUAUUGUGUCAGCAAACGCUUUCACACCGGCUCAAAUUAAAUUUCAAGAUGAAACAUUACAACGUCACAAUGCAUUACGAGCUCGUCAUUGUGCUCAACCACUUCGACUUGAUAGUAAUCUGAAUAAAAUAGCACAAGACUAUGCUGAUUAUCUUGCUGCAACAAAUGGUUUUCAACAUUCAAAUAAUGGUUAUGGAGAAAAUCUUUAUAUGUCGAGUAGUUCAGUACCACUGGCAAAUCUACAUGGAAAUGAAGCAACUCAAGCAUGGUAUGAUGAAAUCGAAGACUAUAAUUUUGGUCGACCUGGUUUUUCAGGUGCCACUGGUCAUUUUACACAAGUUGUAUGGAAAGGUUCCACACGUCUUGGUGUUGGUAUUGGUUUUGGCAAUGGAGGACGUAGAGCUAUUGUUGUUUGUAAUUAUGACCCACCAGGAAAUUAUAUGGGACAAUUUCCACAACAUGUAGCGCCUGCUCAAUGCUAA